AUGAGAUUGUCGCAAUUUGUCACCGCUUUACCCCCGUGGCUCGGAGCAUGUGCAGGAUCAAGAUGGCACGCACAGCCGAACGUGGUCGAUGUUGAUGUCGCCAUCGUUGGCGGCGGCGCUGGCGGCAUCCACGCCGCAAUUCAUUUGAAGGAUGCCGGCGCCAGUGUUGUCGUCAUCGAGAAAAAGGACCAGAUUGGCGGCCAUGCGGAAACAUAUAUCAACCCCGACACCGGCGUAACCAGCAACGUCGGCGUCGUCCUCUUUGAGAAGACGGAGCUGGUCAAGCGCUACUUCGCACGCCUCGGAGUUCCCGCGAUAACUUCCACCCUGGCGGCCGGCUUUUCUUCCAAACCACUGUCAGUAGAGCUGUAUGACUUCGCCUUGGGUACGCGCAUCCCACCCACAGAUGCCGCAGACGCCAUGGCCCAGCAGCAGGCUGUUGAAGCCGCCGCGCAAGCUUACACGCAGAAUGUCCUGAGCAAGUACGCAUGGAUCGACCAGGGCUUUUUUGUCCCAGACCCCGUUCCCGAGGAGCUGUACCUUCCCUUCAGCCAGCUCGCAGACAAGUACGGCUUCUCUGCCCUGCUUCCCACCGUCGCCCAGCUGAACUGGUAUACGGGCAACCUCACGACCAUCCCGGCCCUGUACGGCCUCAAGAGCCUCGGACCUGGCUUUCUGAGCAGCAUCCUUGAAGGAGAGUACAUCUUCUCCGGCACUGGCGACACCAGGAACCUCUACGACAAGGCCCUGGAGGAGCUGGGCUCCAGCGUCCUCUUGAGCACCGCCAUCCUCAGCGUUAACCGUCACUCCAACUCGACCGGUGUCACCCUCCUGGUUGCCGAGCCCGACAAGGCCCCUACCACGAUCCGUGCCCGCAAGCUUCUCAUUGCCAUUCCGCCGACACUGAGCAACAUGUGCGCCUUUGACCUCGACGAGCAAGAGCGGGCCAUCUUCUCCAAGUUCUUCUCCCUUGGCUGCUUUGCCGGCGUGGCCCGGGUCCCCGGCUUCAACGGCUCGCUUAUCAACUUUGGAGCCCAGACCCCCUUCAACCAGCCCAUCAUUCCGGGGAACAGUGUCUUCGUCAACGCCGGAUCGCCUGAGGAGGUCUUGAUCGCCGCGGGCUUCGACAGCGGCGACGUCACGGAUGAACAAGGAAAGGACCUCGUCCGCAAGAACCUGGCCACCCUGGCGGCGGCGGGUGCCGUUCCGGAAGACGCAGCCGAGACUGUCACGUUCCCGUACACCUCCAACCACACGCCGUACAAUGUGCGCGUCACGGCCGAAGACAUCAGGGCCGGUUUCUACACCAAGUUGCUGGCGCUCCAGGGCUCCCGUAACACAUACUGGACUGGGGCGGCGUUUGCGGGCCAUAACAGCGCUCUGGUCUGGACGUGGAACGAGGGGACGAUUGUGCCUCGCCUGAAGGGGGAGCUUGGACUGGAAUGA